UGGUUAGGGCUCACUGUUGGUAGGCCAGUGUGUGUGUGUGCACAACUUAGAAGGGCUGAGGGUACUGUGUUUGGUUUAAGUUCAGCUCAGGAAACACACUGCAAGCAUGGCUGCUGUCCAUCGUUUGGUUAUCGUCCGCCAUGGGGAGAGUGCCUGGAACCAGGAGAACCGCUUCUGCGGCUGGUUUGAUGCUGAUCUCAGUGAGAAGGGUGUGGAGGAGGCCAAGCGUGGAGCCCAAGCUAUUAAGGAGGCUGGCCUGAAGUUUGAUGUGUGCUACACCUCUGUGCUGAAGCGUGCUAUCAAGACUCUGUGGACCAUCAUGGAGGGCACAGACCAGAUGUGGCUCCCUGUGAUUCGUACCUGGCGUCUGAAUGAGCGUCACUAUGGAGGCCUCACUGGUCUUAACAAGGCUGAGACGGCUGCAAAGCACGGCGAGGAGCAGGUGAAGAUCUGGCGCCGUUCCUUUGACAUCCCACCUCCACCCAUGGACAAGGACCACCCUUACUUCAAAAUCAUUAGUGAGUCCCGGCGCUACAAGAAUCUGAAGCCUGGUGAGCUCCCUGCAUGUGAGUCACUGAAGGACACCAUCGCCCGAGCCCUGCCUUUCUGGAAUGAUGUCAUUGCCCCUGAAAUCAAGGCGGGAAAGAACGUUAUCAUUGCUGCCCACGGCAACAGUCUUCGUGGCAUCGUCAAGCAUUUAGAGGGUAUGUCUGAUGCAGCCAUCAUGGAACUGAACCUGCCAACAGGAAUCCCAAUUGUAUAUGAGCUGGAUGCAAACCUGAAGCCCGUUAAGCCCAUGUCUUUCCUCGGUGAUGAGGAAACUGUAAAGAAGGCCAUGGAGGCCGUGGCCGCCCAGGGCAAAGUCAAGAAGUAAGCCUGACUCUGGAGGUUCUGUGAGGAGGCAGAAGAAGAGACUGUUCCCAUCCAUUUGUCAAUCUUUAUAGUGCAUUCCAACUGGGGAAAUGUUUAAUUGUUCUUUUGUAGACAGGACAUUUUCUGCACAUUACUGCCCUUUUUGUUAAAUUGACAGACAGAGGGAAGACCUGUCAAUCAAAGCAGACAGCCUCCCCCUGCAAUUUACGCAGCUAAACAUCACUCAGCCCUUUUAAGCAAUGGUCAAGUCCUUUAUGUUGAGCACUUCACCAACCUGGCACAACCAAUAAAUGAUGAAAUCAUGUUUUUAUGUA